CCAGCCCGGUCCCGCCGCCCCGCCCGCCGGGGCUCGCGGGCCGCGCAGGGGUUGCUGGGAGCUGUAGUUGGCGAGCGGCGCCGGCGCGUCGUUCGCCCCCGUCCGUCCGUGCGGCCCUCCCUCCGUCGGUCUGUCUGUCUGUAGGGCGAUGGCCGCCCGCUCCCUGCGGCGCUUCGGGACCGUCCUCGGCGUGCCGUGGCGCGGCAGUUUGUAUUUCAGGAGGUCCCCAUGUGGUUUCAGCACUGCAGCUCAGCAGCGAAGUACAGGAGAUGAGUGUGGCCCAGAAGAUCCCCAUGAUGAGCCCAAGCAUCCCCUUUCUGACUGUGCCCUACAGCACAAAGCUAUCAAAUUGGAAGAACAAGUACGGGAUUUAACUGAGCGAUACCGGAAAGCUUUGGCAGAUUCUGAGAAUGUCCGGAGGAGAACGCAGAAGUUUGUGGAAGAUGCCAAGCUCUUUGGGAUCCAGAGUUUCUGCAGGGACCUCGUGGAGGUAGCAGAUAUCUUGGAGAAGACUGCCGAGAGUGCCGCAGAAGAAGCGGAGCCUAGUAAUCCAAAUCCAACCCUGAAGAAAAUCUAUGAAGGCCUCUCUCUCAUAGAGGCUAAAUUGCAAAGUGUAUUUGCCAAACAUGGCCUUCAGAAGAUGAACCCUGUUGGUGGCAAAUAUGAUCCUUAUGACCAUGAAAUAGUCUGCCACGUACCAGCUGAGGGAAUGCAGCCGGGCACGAUAGCACUGGUGACUCAGGAUGGCUACAAACUCCACGGUCGCACUAUCAGACACGCACUCGUCGGCGUGGCAGUAGAAUCACAGGAAUGACAUGGGCUUCCCUGUCGGCAUCUGGGACCUUACUGAGCCGAGGACCAUCAGCACCCAGUCACAACUGCAGCUGCAUGUCUUUGCUUAUUUAUUGAGCUAGGUUUGUAUUGUACGUUGGCUUCUUUAUAAUGUGUGCAGUCAUUUUGCCAUUAAUUCUAAGGUACUUGUAUAUUUAAUAAUCCUUUUUGGGGUGUGUGGAGUAGUACUAGGAGUCCUGCUAUUUGCCAGAAACGUGGCACUGUAGCCCCUCUCUCUGUUGCUCAUUUCUCCAUUAAGACUUGCAUGGGGAAGAGGGGAGAUAGGGGAGAGAAAGGGAAGUUCUCUGAGAGUUAAGGAAUCUUGUCUCCUGGUUCCAACUCUGAGACAGAUUCCUGCAGUGGCCUUCAGGAAAGUAACUUCUCUGCCUCAGUUUCCAUAUCUGUGUUAAGGGAAUAUAAUAAUACGUAUUGACCUACCUCACAGGGAUGUGGUAAGGCUUUUUCUUUGCAAAGCACUCGGAAGAGGAAAAGUCCAAAUGGCUGAGUAGUAUUAUCAGGCUGGUUUUGGUGUCUUCCCUUGUCCCCAGGCCCCUCUGUUGGGGAUCACUUGAAAUGACAUUUAGGGGCAGCUUCUUCUCAUGUCACUUCAGGAAAACAAUCCCGAAUUAAUGAAAUUCUGUCGUACUACAGUUGAAUAGGGAUGAAGUUUUAAGAGAAUUCUGUUGUUAGGUCAGACUCUAACGUGUUAAUAUUUGUUCUCCAGGUAAAACUUCAGCUUGCCCCCUUGUAUCCAAGGGUAAAACAGGGAGUAGCGGUUCUUGGUGGAGCCAGAAAACUGUUCUCAAAUCUCUCUUUCUCCAGCUAAAAAGUCUGUUUUAGAGGAGAGACAUCUCUCUUCCCGGAUGGGUAAUUGUGCAGCUCUCAAACAUGAUAGACUAUAUGCUCUUCCUUGCAGCUGCUGGCAAAAUGGAGACAUGCCCUUAAGCAGGAAAUCUGAACUGUUUUAUAUUCUCAGCUCUCCAAUAAUGGUACUCAGAUCACACUAGCUUCUAGAUGACAUUUAGAUUCUACUUUUGCAUAGUCAUAGUAAAGAUUAAAUCUUUUGGGUUUUGACGCAAGGAGAAAAAUCUUUUCUACUAAAAGUCCCAAGUGCCCUUGAACCAAUUUUCAUAGCGGUGACAAGAAAGCAAGAGAAGCAGAAGGCUGAGGAAGCGAAAGCUGACCUCAAGCCAUCCUCUUAGAGGCAUGUUGUUUUCACAGCAUGGCAUAUGUAUUUCCCUGUGGUCCUUUUGCCUGGGAGUCCAUUUAUCUCAGCUGAAAGGGUACAGUCACCGAGUAAGAUCAGAAUUUAACCCUUUACAGAGCAGCAAGCAGUAUAAUGACAGAAAACUUAUAUAAACCAGCCUAUGACCUGCACUAUGCAAAACCAGGGCAGGAAUGGUUGUUUUCAGGUUGUUUCUUACUGAUCUGUUAAUUCUUGCCAUUUCACUUUCUGGAAUUGGAUCCGUGGCCUGACAGUGUUGAGAUCCACUUCCAAAAACUCUUUACUUAUGGUGGAUGACAUCACUGGUUCAGAGGAAAGCUUAUUCUUCUCCCAUUCCUUUGCAGGCUUCAGUUGCAUAAUACUUUUCUGGUGGACUUCAAGAUUACCGCAGCCUUCAAUUAGCAGCUAUCGAGAGUCUUUCAUCUGGGGAGACUAUGUGCAGCUAGUUGGUUGUCAUUCCAGAAACUUAAGGAAGGUGCACUUUUCUAAUAUGCUCCGUGCCAGCUGCUUUUGCGACAGCUGUAUGUGGGUGACUCGGUACCUUCAUGGCAGCAUUAGAUCACUUUGGACAAGUCUCUUGUUCAGUGCUCUUUUUUUAUCACGUUAUUGGAAAUUUCAGAGACAUACAGGACUUCUUGGUCAUUGUUUUGUUGGUCUGCAUGCUGACUGGGUCACCAGGUUAUGCUGUUGCUCAAGACAAAGAACAGGUAAAAUAUGAAACAUGGCAAUGCAAGUCUUGCUGUCUCAAGCCUGUCUGCAGCCUGUUCUGAGGAAACGGCAUCUUCAGCUGGAAGGAGCGGUUGGGUUCCCUGCUGCCUCUUCGGCCGCUGCUGUAUCAGCUGAGUCUUUCUGCAGUCUGAGGGCAGAGCAGGUUGUAGAAACUAACUUUGAAUGUGCAACUUAAUUUAUAAGGUACUAAACAAAAGGGAAGGCAUUUUACACAGCAGGGAGUUUUCUGUCAUAAGAAAGGCUGCGACCUACCUGAGCCAGAUUUAAAAGUAGUGUGUGACAUCCUGGAAGUGAGGGAUCCAGAUCCUCUUUAAACUGACCCACAGCGCCACUUGAGUGUGAAAGUAUAGUACAUGUACUUCGUCCACCUUCGGACUAGUUGCCAAGCCUGCUUGUCUCCUCAGCUAGUAUGCACCCAUGUUUUGCCUUAAAGAAAUACCCUGAAACGCGCUCCAGACCUUCUGUCUGUAUUAAGAGGUUAUUGAUUCAGCUUGUGUAUCUGGGAUCUGCUUUCACUGAGGCGCUGUUGUGUGGCUAGAGCAGGAAUCUGAGGGGUCCAGUUCCUGUGCAGUCUUUCUCAUCCUCCCACAGGCCCCAUUUAAGUUUGAGCAAGCUAUUUUUCCUGUUCAUGCCCCAGUUUUUUCAGUCUAUUGAAUUUUUACAGGAUCUUGUCGGGCUUUUAUGAUGAUUACUGUAAGAUGUACCUGUUGCUUUGAGACUCUUUUACAGAAGUUACCAAAGAGAUAAAUACUGUAGCUGUUGUUUGUCCUAGUUUCUGCUUCCUUUGAAUGGUGACAUGAAAACGAAGUAACCAAACCUGGAUUCCAUCACAGAAUCCAGAUUUGUUAGGCAAAAUUUGAUUCUCUUGCCUUUCAAGCACACUUAAUGAUCUCUCUUAUUGUGGAUGAGAUUGCGUAAGGGUGGAUUGAAUUUAUCCAUUGUAGAUUCUUGCUCCUUUGUCUGCCCUGUUUGUGUAAAGCUUGCACGCUCAGCGUGGUGGGGCAGAACCCCCACUGGUGUGGUUCCAGUGCGCUCUGCAGAGUUACACCAGGGAGGAGACGGACCCAUGACCUUUUUCUCUCCAGUCACUUUAUUCAAUGACUAUUUAAUAAAACACAGGAGUAUGUUAGCAGGGACGGAAUUGCAGAGGGGAGGGGAGUGUCACGUACCUCUUAGUCAUUUCCACUCCAUUUGCCCAGCCAUGAACUGAAGAGCUGGAGCUGGGAAUGCAGACAGCUAGAUAGGAUGUGCAUGUGAUGGUGAUGUGAGGACCUGCAUUUCUGCUCUUGGGAAGUGGGCAGCCCCACUGAACAAGGGCAUUUGCCUUGUUCUGUGGCCUUGCCUUACCCUGUCAGUGGGACAUGUUUCAGUUGAACUCCCGGACGAGUCUCCAGCGGCGCCGUCUCACAAGCGUGGCAGCAUCUUAACUCUGCCCAGGAGCAGCAUAGAAUGUGAAUGUCACUUUGUGAACUUUAAAUUCUCAGUGCUUCAUCAGCAGAGCUUCUGUUGAAAGAGACAGCUGUGAUAAAUCAAUAGCUAUUAGCAAUCCUUUAAUUUUUAAACAAAUAUAUUUAAGUUUUAUAUGUGAAUAUUGUAGUAUUUUUUUAUUUUAAAACUUGAGAUGUUUUGAUAUUACUUGCGAAGUCAAAUGAACAAAGCAUCGCUAAUCUCCAAAAAUCAAAGUCCAUUUAGUUGGUAGGAAGCCUGUAUACAUUGUAAUUUUUAUUUUGUUUCUUUGCUCUUUGUUUACCCAAAGGUUCUGGCUGUGUGAAAGACAAAGACUAAGGUGUGGGAGUGGUGCAAGUAAAUGACAACGACAUUUGAGUUAAUGUUGGAAAGGGCUGAUUUCCUUUAGAUGUCCAGAUACUGUCCAUUUGCUAAUAAUAAAAAAAAGAAUUGCA